UCUGGACAAAUAAUCUGACCAACCAAGCUACCUCUCAUUCUCUAUUCAUCCUUAACUUGUUAUAUAAACUCACGUUUCUUGUGAUUUCAUCAUCCUCUCCAAUCUUACACAUGCACAAUACACCCUCUGCUCUUCUCUUGCUCUAUAUAUACCUCCAAUAACCCGCUUCGCUAAGUGUGUGCAUCUUCGUUGAGGCAUUUUCACAAACACUUACCUGUCGUAGUACUCCAUUAAAACCCGAACUCGCGAUUACAGCAAUGACUGACCCGGCUAUCUCUGAAGCCGAGUCAAGCGUCAAUUACUCCUCCCUAUCUCCCUCUUCGCCGUCUUCGUCUUUGCUUACUGGGUCGGGUAAAGACCUGGUAACCGAAAAGUUGGAUUCAGGUGGCCUGAGUGAGAUGGGGAGGCCUAAUAAGCGGGCGAGGGACAGCAGUAAGCACCCGGUUUACAGGGGGGUCCGAAUGCGGACGUGGGGGAAAUGGGUAUCUGAGAUCCGAGAGCCCAGGAAGAAGAACCGGAUCUGGUUGGGCACCUUCUCGACCCCUGAAAUGGCGGCACGUGCACACGAUGUUGCUGCGUUAAGUAUCAAAGGUAGUUCGGCGAUCCUCAACUUCCCUGAAAUCGCCGGUUCAUUGCCCCGACCCGCCUCCCGCUCUCCCCGAGACGUACAAGCUGCCGCUGCUAAAGCCGCUUCAAUGGAGAUCACCGCACACAAUGCCACAUCAUCAUCUUCCUCCUCCUCCUCUUCCUCAUCAUCAACGGUAACUCAAUCGUCGCCGUCGACUGCAGGGGUGACGUCAACGGAUGAAGUGUCAACACCAGAAGAGCUAAGCGAGAUAGUGGAGUUACCGAGUCUGGGAACGAGUUAUGAAUCGCCGGAGUUGAGCGACGAGUUCGUGUUUAGUGAAUCGGUGUUAGAUGGUUGGCUCUAUAAUACGCCGUGGCAUUAUGAUUAUUUUAGUGAUCAGAUUUCAUUUACAGAGAAUUUUGUUACAGGUGAUGGUACAUUUGAGGCCUUAUCGUGGGAACAUUAGGCCAUUAAUUUUUUUUUUCUUUAUUUUUUAUUGAAUAUUUAAAUUUUAGUGUAAGCACUUCUUUUUAUGAAUUCUCAUACCUUACUCGCU